GGAAUAUUGCGCCUGCCCUCGCACUGACCAGCGCCCGAGAAGGCAAAAGACCCGGCGCAUCGCAUGCGCUUCUGGACCAGGCACAAGGAGAGCAAAAAAGACGUCGCCUUUCCAGCGAGAGCACACGGGCUCUUCGUUGCCUCUCCUGGUUGCUUAUAGUCUGUGUCGAGCGUUGCGAGUUCUCCCGAUUAUCAGAGCGAUAUCGGAUGGACCAGCACACCGAGACGCGGAGCUGCACUGGUCACGGAUCUCGAUCCCGGUGUCCGGAGCUUGUCCACGAGCACUCCAUGAAUUUAUCGAUCAACUCGACCACGGGCACUCGCUUCGAGCUCUCUCUUCCUCUCGAGGAGACGGUCGAGGGGUUGAAGAGGAGACUUUCGCAAAAGCUAAGAGUGGCAAAGGACAGGCUCGCGCUUCUGCACAAAGACACGAGACUGACCACAGGAAGGCUACAGGACUUUGGGAUUACUGAUGGGAGCAAGCUGACACUGGUCCCCUCAGUAGAAGCAGGGUUAAUGUCUCAGGCUUCCAGACCAGAGCAGACCAUCAUGCAGGCCCUGGAGAGUCUGACUGAAACUCAGGUCAGCGACUUCCUGUCAGGCCGCUCCCCGCUGACCCUUGCCCUGCGCGUGGGCGACCACAUGAUGUUCGUGCAGUUGCAGCUGGCGGCGCAGAGCUCGGCCGGGCAGCAGGCGGCCGCUCGUGGUCCUGCCAGUGUGGCCGGGACGUCCACGGGGACCUGCGGGGGCGGUGCUGGACACGCCUACAUCCCGGCCGUCGCCCACGGCAGUCAGAGGGUGGCACCUGGAUCCCACUCUCACCCCCCACACCUCUCACCCUCCUCCAGUCCUGUCCUUUCCCCAGGCUCCGCCCAUCAGAGUCACCUGCCCACAGGUACUCACAGCCCCACUGCUGGAGCGGCCACGUCCUACCAACAGGGCGAGUGCGGGACCCCGAGCUCCUGGCCCAGUCGUAAACCAGGAGCCGUGAUUGAGAGCUUUGUUAACCAUGCCCCUGGGGUCUUCUCAGGAACCUUCUCAGGCACUUUGCACCCCAACUGCCAAGACAGCGAUGGCCGCCCACGCCGUGACGUCAGCACCAUCCUGCAGAUCCUGAACGAUCUCCUGAGUGCCACACGUCACUACCAGGGCGCGCCGCCAGCGCUCACCCAGCUCCGCUGUCACACCCAGAGCCCCGCCUCCCCCCAGGUGUCGCCGCCCACCUCGCCUGCGACCGCUGAACUCCCAUCAGCCCCACCCUCGCCGACAUCAUCCUCACCCACUUCUGACAGGCCACCCGUCUGUCAUGGCCGGCCAAUCAGGACCAAUGGCGAGCCCUCCCGGCAGACGGAGAACCGGGCGACACGCUGUAAGGUGGAGCGUCUGCAGCUGCUCCUGAGGCAGCGGCGCUUGCGGCGACGGGCGCGGCGCGAGCCUCGCAGCCCGUACCCCUGGCUGGCGGCGCGCAAGGCCGCCCGCAGCCGCAGUGCCAGCAGCCUAUCCAGUGACGGCUCGCUGGACCUCGACUACGACGAGGCAGUCUGGCAGGCCGACGUCCCAGCCGACGUGGGCUCCGAGUUCGCUGUGGCGUGAGGGGCAGGGUAUGGAAGCCACACACCCCUUCCCUCCCCGAGAGAGAGAGAGAGAGAGGAGAGAGAGAGAGGGAGGAGAGAGAGAGAGAGAGAGAGAGAGAGAGGGAGGA